AUGAAGCUACAAAGUGUAAGGUUUCGUUGUGGCAGUGUCGUAAACGAAAUGUUUGUGCAAAAUCGCUUUGCCGUGGUAAUGGCGUUGAAUUUGAUCUCUUCGUAUGAUAGCGACGAUGAUAGUGGUGCUUCCGAUCAUGCUGAGUCUGUACAUGCCUCGGACGCUGAGAUACCUCAGUCAUCAGAGAAGCCGAAAAAUUCUUCAUUCUUCUUUGGAGAUGGUGAUGGUAGCGAUAGUGAUGGCAGUUCGGAAGGAUCGUCGAAGAACACUGACCCUAUCAAUUCCAACCUUACCUCAGGUACAGUUCGUCGUCUUCCCAGCGCAGGAUCCGUGCUGAAAGGAAAACACAUGGGUUCUAGUGUGUUCUCGAGCGAGCGGGAGCGUGAAGAUCUCGCACACGUCCUAACACUAAGUCAGCACGUGCCCUUGACUGAAAAAGUGGAAACAAAAAAGAAGUCUUUGUGCCGGUAG